AUGACUCAGCGUAGGAAGCCGCAGAGAGUUGGUAAUUGUACCAGCAAGCGUAUGCGUGUUCAAGAGUAUCCUGUUGACGUCACCCAUCAAAUCGAAUUCCAUUUCAUCGACCCACAUAAAGCGAGUAAAUGCCUGUGGUUCCUACAAAACGAAGAGAAAUUCGAUCAGUUGGUUUGUAUGGAUAUAGAAGAAAAUCCAUUCCGCGACAUCUGUGUGCCAACUGCCGGUACUCGUAUUAGGGCGUGGUUGGGUAAACGAAGCAUAGGACUUGCUUCGCUCGCUGAUGAAUUUGAGCGUCAUUCUAUCUUCACGCUAGGUGAUCUCGCUAGGAUUUAUCGCAAUGACAUUUUUGCUGGUUUUGGUUUCGAACCAGAUCAGUGUGCCAUUCUCAACAAAACCUUUUACGAUUGGUAUAUUUGGAACAGGUUCGAGAUUUGUGUUGUUUUUGUUAUCUUUGUGCGAAUUGAGAUUUACACGCGAGCUAUUAGAACAGGAAACAUUGGAACGAACUAUGGUCAUGGGCAUUGGCCUUGA